AUGAUCCUGCCUCUGCUCAACACCCCAACAGUCCCCAGAAGAUCUCAAAAAAACGUGUUGGAGAAGCCUGCCGAGGUCCCUGAGGACAGAACUUCCCUCAACAGGUACCAAGCUGCCACCUCCUACCCGGGUGCCGGUAGAGAGGGCAAGAUGGGAAGUCUCUGGGUCCAAGCCCUGGGAGCCCUGCCCCUCAGGGUGACAGGUGCAACCUCGCUGGCCCAUCCCUUCCCCCUCCAGUACUGUACACUUGCUGCUCCAACCCAUUUGAUGAAUUUCUGUACAAAUACGGAUCUGGUGCCCAGAGUGGGACUGUGCCCCCAUGGGUGGGUCUGUCUCCUUAGAGUGGAUACGUCUAUAGGUCCAAUUUUCUAG